AUGAGUUCAAGUGGUGUCAAAGGGGGAAAAGACGUCAGUGUUGAUGUUUCAUUGGAAAUACCUGAAGACGCAUUGACUACCAGCGAAAAGUAUUGCAAUGUGUAUAAAAUCACGUAUGAAGUCAGAGUUCUUUUGGAGACGGAAGGCUGCAAUGAUUCACCUGAAGUUGCAGUUCCAAUCACAAUUGGCUCUGUCGGACUUAAAGAUGACGAAACUCAUCAAACUGAUGAAAUGAAGGCAAACAAUGAAAGUACCAAAGAAGUUGCUGAAUAA